ACGUCUGACUUCGAAGCACCGUACUGAGAACCUUCGGUGGCGGAAUCUGCCGGGCCAGGAGAGCAGCACGCGUGCGCACGCCGUGGCUCGCGCGCCGGAAGUACGUCCUCGCUUCGGGCGUACAAAGAGGAAGUGCUCGGGUCCCGGAAGGCGGGGGGUAGUGGCGACCGUGGUCGCCAUGGCUACCGAGCCCGGGGCAGAGGGACCCGCAGUGCCUUCGCUCGUGGAUCGUUACUUCACUCGUUGGUACAAAGCCGAUGUCAAAGGCAAACCCUGUGAGGACCACUGUAUACUACAGCACUCCAACCGAAUAUGUGUCAUCACAUUGGCAGAAUCUCAUCCAGUUCUUCAAAGUGGAAAAACAAUCAAAAGCAUUUCCUAUCAAAUCAGCACCAACUGUAGUAGACUUCAGAACAAGGUCUCUGGGAAAUUUAAGCGGGGGGCACAGUUUCUAACAGAGCUUGCACCUCUGUGUAAGAUUUACUGCUCAGAUGGAGAAGAAUACACCAUAUCUAGCUGUGUCAGAGGACGGUUGAUGGAAGUGAAUGAAAACAUUCUCCAUAAGCCAUCUAUUCUACAAGAGAAGCCAUCCACUGAAGGCUACAUUGCAGUUGUGCUGCCCAAAUUUGAAGAAAGUAAGAGCAUAACAGAUGGGUUACUGACACAAAAACAGUAUGAAGAAGUCGUGGUGAGGCGCAUCACUGCCACGACAGCCACAUCAUGAGGACCGCAAAGGAGUAACACACAGCGUGGCAUGCACACACUUCCCUGGCCUGAGCGAUCAGAGCUCUCAAGACCCAGCACGUGUGAAGCAUGCUUCACACCCAGCCAUCCCCAGACACGUCUCAUCUUAAAACUUAACCUACUUUCCUGUCUUUGUCUUGCAUAACAAGCCUUAGUUCCUGUUUGGUCCUCUGUCCUGACCAUGUACUCACUCAAUUCUCCUUUUGCUUUUACGUAACAAUCGUCAAGCAAGGGAUGUUUUUUUGGUUUUCUUUUUAUUGGAUUAAAAACAAACAAACAAAAGCACUUUGAGGAAAAUUUGGACAAGACACCUAUGUUUUAAGUAGCAAAGUAAAAAUAAUUUACCUGUCAUCCUGUAACCCGUUGGUAAAUACUACAUUUUGACACACUUCUGUUUGAAAUGUUAUGGCAUGAUCAUUGUUUUUGCCUCAAUUUUCCCUCAGUUUGAAGUUAAA